AUGUACUGCACAGCCUGCACUAUCUGCCGCACCAUGCCGGCCGCGCACCACCCGCACUAUCUGCCGCACCAUGCCGGCCGCCCGCUGCUCACUGUAGCUGCCCUCCGCCUUGAAGCCGAGGAGGGGCAGGAGAAGGGUGAGUAUUGCUUUACAUCCACCUUCCUCCGUUUUCCCUCCUCCUUCCUUCAACCUUCCCUCUUCCUUUCUCCUCCUUCCCACUUCCUUCCCUCAUCCUCCUCCUCUCCUUCCCACUUCCUUCCCUCAUCCUCCUCUCCUCCUUCACUGCUCCUUCCUCCAUCCAGCAUCAAGUGGAAGUGUUGGGCUGAAGUGUUGAGCUGCAGAAUGAAGUGCACAUACGUGGCGUUUCCAUAUCGGUCGAUGAACGCCGCAAUGCCCGCAUGGCUGGUGGACAGGUGGGCAAGAAGAAUGGCUGCUUCCCUUGCCACGUUGGCAUAUGACGUGGCGGACAGGUGGCGCUGGUUGGGGCUGGGCAGCCACACCGCCAUUCUCCCAUCCCUCCCCUCACCUUUUCACGUUCCUUCGCUCACCUUUUCGCGUUCCUCCCCUCACCUUUUCGCGUUCCUCCCCUCACCUUUUCGCGUUCCUCCCCUCACCUUUUCACGUUCCUCCCCUCACCUUUUCGCGUUCCUCCCCUCACCUUUUCGCGUUCUUCCCCUCACCUUUUCGCAUUCCUCCCCUCACCUUUUCGCGUUCCUCCCCUCACCUUUUCGCGUUCCUCCCCUCACCUUUUCGCGUUCCUCCCCUCACCUUUUCGCGUUCCUCCCCUCACAUUCUCCCGUUCAUUCCCCUUAUCUUCUCCUGUUCCUCCCCUCAUCUUCUCCCGCUCCUCCCCUCACCAUCUCCCAUUCUUCCCCUCACCUUCUCCUAUUCCUCCCCUCACCAUCUCCCAUUCUUCACCUCACCUUCUCCUAUUCCUCCCCUCACAUCCUCACCCAGCCCAUUCCUCCGCGCGCCUAUCUUCCAUCUCCGUUCCCCCCCUCACCUAUCUCAUAA